AUGGUUACAAAAACACAGAAACAACCUGUAAGAACCACGUUCCCGCCGACUUACUCUUGUGCACUGCCAGCUGGUACAGGUGGUACAAUCACAUCUGUGGCACGGUAUACAAAACGAUACAAUCUCAACACCACUAUCGUUCUAGCCGAUUCUGAAUAUUCCCUUUACUUCGACUAUGUCAUUGCGAAUAGGUGGGUUACUAAUUGCUAUUUCCUGAGUGUUUGUAAACCAAGAGUGGCUAUGAGUUUUGGAAGAAACCAGGUGUUGAAGGGAACAGGCUACGGUUUAUAUGUGGAACCCCUAAAUUAUCGAUCAACCACCAGCCUUGACCGUGGUGUUAUUGACGAAGCAAUGAAAAUGCCGGAUAUCGCUACAGCAGCUUCUAUGUAUGUUCUGAGGGAUAAGGAAGAUUGGGGGAGGACCAUCAGCUGCCUUGGACUUCCUUGUAGCUCUUUACAAGGCCUAUCAGCUCAAGAAUAG